GCAGCCACAGCCCAGAGCCCAGGAUGGAGCCCCAGCUGGUGCCUCAAGCUGGCGCCCUCCACCCAGCCUGGCUGGCCCUGCUGCUGAUGUGGGUCUCAUUCCUGAGCUGUUGUUCCUCCUUGCCAGCUUCUCCCUCUCCUUCUCUGGUGUCCCGAGUCAGAAGCAGCUACAAUUUGGGAAGGACUUUCCUCGGUCUUGAUAAAUGCAAUGCCUGCAUCGGAACAUCUAUUUGCAAGAAGUUCUUUAAAGAAGAAAUAAGGUUUGACAACUCACUGGAUUCCCACCUCAGACUGCCUCCUGACUACUUGCCUUCUUACCCUGCAAAUUACUCAGAUGAUUCCAAAACCUGGCGCCCUGUGGAGAUCUCUAGGCUGGUCAGUAAGUACCAAAAUGAGAUCUCAGACAGGAGGAUCUGUGCGUCCGCAUCAGCUUCCAAGACUUGCAGCAUUGAGCGCAUCCUACGGAAAACAGGGAGGUUCCAGAAAUGGCUGCAGGCCAAGCGUCUCACACCAGACCUGGUACAGGUGAGUGUGUAGGUCAUGGACAGAGGCG